AAAACAAAACCAUAAGAAAAUCUCGGGGGCAUCUUCUUUGUUAUCUUAAUUUCGUAAACCUACCCUUUGUCUUACCUCGAUCUUCUCUGUCUCUCGCUCCUCUAUCACCAACACUGUCAACAACACAAGGUAGAAUGAAAGGCUUCAAAGACUGGGUUUUUGCUCUGACUAACUCGAUGGCAUCGUCUAGACCACUUAUGGGAAGUGACCCUUUUUUCCGUGAGAAUGAAGAACAGGAUAACCAGUCUCAAGCCCCUGUUUUACCAGAACCAGUGGCACGCUCGGAAACACCAUGUUCAACCAGUGGUGAUGUAGAAAUUCAGCUUCCUCUUUCUCAGCAGCAAGUUCCGCUUGAAAGCUUGUACCAGUCAAGUUUUGAUCUUAACGAGAAGAAACAUAAUCCACUAGCAAGGAUCGGUGACCUCCAAGUACAGUUUUUACGCCUUGUUCAAAGGUUUGGGCAGUCACAGAGUAAUAUUCUAGUCUCCAAGGUUUUGUAUCGGGUACACCUUGCAAUGCUGAUACGAGCUGAGGAAUCUGAACUGAAAACAGUAAAACUUAGGCAAGAUAGGGCCAAAGCUCUAGCAAGGGAGCAAGAAUCACGUGGCAUACCGGAAUUGGAUUUCUCACUUCGAAUCCUCGUCCUGGGGAAAACAGGUGUUGGCAAGAGUGCAACCAUAAACUCUAUUUUUGGUCAGUCCAAAAGUGAAACUGAUGCUUUCCGACCGACCACAGAUCGGAUAGAAGAGGUUAUGGGAACUGUUAGUGGAGUUAAAGUAACCUUUAUUGACACCCCUGGUUUUCAGCCACCUUCAGCUUCUAGCACAAGAAAAAAUCGAAAGAUUCUGCUCUCUAUCAAGAGAUACGUUAAGAAGCGUCCGCCUGAUGUAGUUCUUUACUUGGAUCGCCUUGAUAUGAUCGACAUGCGAUAUAGUGAUUUCCCUCUCCUGAAGCUUAUAUCUGAAAUCCUGGGUGCAGCUAUAUGGUUAAACACGAUACUUGUAAUGACGCAUUCUUCAAUUGCUUCAGAAGGGCGUAAUGGACAAUCUGUGAACUACGAGACAUAUGUUGGCCAACGCAUGGAUGUGGUUCAGCACUAUAUACAUCAGGCUGUGUCUGAUACGAAACUAGAAAACCCUGUGCUGUUAGUUGAGAAUCAUCCAAGCUGUAAAAAGAAUCCUGCGGGAGAGCAUGUUCUUCCAAACGGACUGGUAUGGAAGCCUCAGUUUAUGUUUUUGUGCGUUUGUACCAAAGUUCUUGGCGAUGUCCAAUCUCUACUGAGAUUUCGUGACAGCAUUGGCCUGGGACAGCCAAUCAGUACCCGGACAGCUUCCCUUCCUCAUCUUCUUACACUUUUUCUGCGCCGUCGCUUAUCAUCAGGUGCAGAUGAAGCAGAGAAAGAGAUAGACGAGCUUCUGAGUUCGGAAUUAGAGGAGGAAGAUGAGUAUGACCAGUUGCCUGCAAUCCGGAUCCUUGGGAAAUCCCGGUUUGAGAAGCUGUCAAAGUCUCAGAAGAAAGAGUAUCUCGAUGAGCUUGAUUACAGGGAAACCCUUUAUCUGAAGAAACAAUUGAAGGAAGAAUGUCGAAGAAGACGAGAUGAAAAGCUUGUUGAAGAGGAAAAUGUCAACAAUGACACUGAACAAAGUGACCAAGCAGCUGUUCCACUGCCUGACAUGGCGGGUCCAGACAGUUUUGAUUCAGAUUUUCCGGCACACAGAUACCGAUGCAUUGUGACAAGUGACCAGUGGCUGGUUAGACCUGUCUAUGAUCCCCAAGGUUGGGAUCGCGAUGUGGGUUUUGAUGGAAUAAAUAUUGAGACAGCUGCAAAAGUUAAAAGGAAUCUAUUUGCUUCAGCUACAGGACAGGUGAGCAGGGACAAGCAACGUUUCACCAUCCAAUCUGAGACAAAUGCAGCGUAUACUACAGACUCUAGAGAACAGACAUUCUCUGUAGCUGUUGACCUCCAAUCAUCAGGGGAAGAUCUGGUCUACUCGUUUCAAGGAGGCACAAAGCUAAAAACUUUUAAGCACAACACAACCGAUCUUGGAGUCGCUUUGACAUCUUUUGGUGGGAAGUACUACAUGGGCGGAAAGCUUGAGGAUACCUUAUUGGUUGGGAAGAGGGUGAAGUUAACGGUGAAUGCAGGUCAGAUGAAGGGUUCAGGGCAAACAGCACAUGGCGGGAGCUUUGAAGCUUGUAUCAGAGGGAGCGAUUACCCGGUCAGAAACGAGCAAAUCGGCCUUACAAUGACAGCUCUGUCUUUCAACCAAGAGCUUGUCUUGAACUGGGGUUUACAGACUCAGCUUAGACCAAACAGGGAUACGAACAUAGACGUCAACAUAAACAUGAACAAUAGGAAAAUGGGGAAGAUAAACGUGAAACUUAAUAGCUCUGAGCACUGGGAGAUUGCAUUGAUCUCAGCGUUUACGAUUUUCAAGGCUUUACUACGGCGGAAGAAAGUUGUGAGUGAAAUUACUAAGGAAAAUGAAGAAGAGUUGUGAGUUUACUUCUUCUUUUUUCCUGAUUUCCCUCUAAAAUUAGGUCAAGAAAAUAUAUUUUGGACAUGAAUAGAUAACCGAUGUGUACAAGAGAUGUUUGGAAGACAAAACAGGAAUCACAUUCUCAUCUCCUUCCAUUGUUUUAUGUUAUACUCUCGUUUUGUUGGUCUAGUGUGAUGUUUAGGUGGAAUAGCCUUUGGCUCUCAAUUAUGCUGUAAAAAGCUGAAUCUUUAAAGUAGAAGAGUUUCCGUGAAUAAGAUUUGUUAAACGGUUCG